ACAAUUAGCCAUGUUAGUAAUAUCAUCUUUUUUAUAGAUUGGUAUAACAAGUUUUUCUCUCAGCUUAUAAGGAAAUAUAUGCCUCCUGCAAAAGACAGAUUUAACAGUGGUGCUAGAGGAAUGAGCAAGGUACUUCAUCAAAGCCUGCUGACUUUUUUUUGCAACAUGUUUUAACAGCUCAACAGCUUCAUCUUCAGUAACUGGGCUUAAAAACAUGGAAUUUGUAUUGAUUGGAAUUGGUUCGUGCUGCCCACCGAAAGUCAUACACCUAGUCAGUUCUGAUACAGAAUUUAUAAAGAAGUUAUUAAACGCGUCAGCAGCUUCCUUGGAUGACGCAGAGAAAACAUUUCCAUCGUUAUCAGAAAUAAUCUCAGGAACUUGUUUUUUUGUAUGUUUUGAAUUGGCAAUUUUAUUAUCAUAGU